UUAACACAAAUAUUUCGCUAAAACGGAUCGUGUUGAAUGGUCACACAAUAUCCCUAAGAACAACAUUUGGACAUCAGGAAAGAUUCUGGUAUUUGUUGUGAGCAACGAAAAAAGCAACUGAAAAAAUGGAAAAUAAAUCAGACGAGAUUGUUGCAGGGCAGGUGGUAUCUCAAUGGCGAAGACUUGCAAGACAACAAUCAACGAGAAUCGUCAAAUUGGCAGACAAUAUUGUCUUACCGAUGAAUGAACGAACCUCACGGCCAAUUCCCAAAAAUGCAAUAAUGGAGAUGAAUAGUGUCGAGAGUCAGCAUCCACAAGAAACCGUCGUUCCAGACAAGGAAACAGCUACAAGGAAAAUCGAAAAAUUUCCAAUAUUUAUGAUUGGAGUUUCACUUGUUCAAAUUUUCCUUUUUUAUUUCUACGACGAGGAUGAACUUACUAUGAAACUUGGCUACGAUCCUAGCCGUCGUCAUGAAGUUUGGCGUUUCUUUACACCAAUGUUUGUGCAUAGUGGAUGGUCGCACUUAUUGGGAAAUCUGGUGAUGCAGCUAAUAUUGGGCGUGUUUCUCGAAAUAGUUCAUGAGUGGAAGCGAAUCGCAAUAAUAUAUUUUGCAUCGGGUUUUGGUAGUUCAUUAUGCGUAACUGUUUUAGACAACAGUUCGUAUUGUGUCGGUGCAUCGGGUGCAGUUAUGGGAUUACUUUUCUCCCAUUUGGCCACAAUCAUAUUGAAUUGGAACGAAAUGGAAAGGAAAUUUAGUAGAUUUUUCUGCCUGGCACUGUAUAUAAUCUAUGACGUUGGAAGGGACGUUUACACGGAAGUAUAUUUAGAUAUAAGGUCAAAUAUCAGUCACGCUGGUCAUUUUGGAGGAGCUGUAACUGGUUUUCUGGUCUCAAUUUUGGUGUUAAAAAAUUUCAAAAAACAUCCGUGGGAGGAGACCUUGCAGAAAAUUUGCAUCGGAGCUUUGUUAGCAAUUUUUGUCAUAAUUUUGGUAAUGAACAUUACGCUGCCGGACUAUUUUCCAGAAAAUGAAUGGAAUUUCGAAUAUGCAAAGUCAUAUUAUGGUGAAGAUAGUGCUGAAGAUAGUACUGAAGAUAGUACUGAAGAUAGUACUGAAGAUACUGAAGAGGACUACUAUUAAGAGUUGAAAUUUCAGAAACAUUCAAAGAGCGCACUGUUCUCAU